AUUCCGGGAAGAAAUUGGGGACAAAAGAAAAGAGAGCAAAAUCAAAGCGAAAGCAAAAGCAAAUCGAUUUGGGUUUAAAGUUACGAACUUUGAUUGGGUUCCAGUGUUGGGCACGCAAGAAUCGCGUGAGAUUGAUCGAUUCGCGCAAAAGGGUUUCUGUAUUUAGGCUUGCCCAUAUCCGAAAUAUUGGAUCUUUGAAUCUGAGGGAGAGAGAGGGGGAGAGAUGUGUAGUUUGGCGGCGAAUCUCUUGCUCCCUGUAAAGCUGAAACCUUCGGAUAAACAGAGGAGCUCGUUCUUCGUGACCAGCGGAAGAUCCAAGAGAAAGAACAAACCCAUCGCUCCUGUUGCAAGGCUGUUCGGACCGGCGAUUUUCGAAGCUUCCAAACUGAAAGUGUUGUUCUUAGGAGUUGACGAGAAGAAGCACCCAUCAACUCUUCCAAGAACUUACACGCUCACUCACAGCGAUGUUACUGCCAGACUAACCCUAGCUAUCUCCCACUCCAUCAACAAUUCCCAGCUGCAGGGAUGGGCGAACAGGUUGUACAGGGACGAGGUGGUGGCCGAAUGGAAGAAAGUGAAGGGGAAAAUGUCUCUUCACGUUCACUGCCACAUCAGCGGCGGCCAUUUCCUUCUCGACCUCUUCGCCAAUCUCCGCUACUUCAUCUUCUGCAAAGAGUUACCCGUUGUGCUGAAGGCAUUUGUGCAUGGAGAUGGUAACUUGUUGAACAACUACCCCGAGCUACAAGAAGCUCUUGUGUGGGUUUACUUCCAUUCCAACAUCCCCGAGUUCAACAGGGUCGAGUGCUGGGGCCCGCUCUGGCGAGCCGCCUCCCCCGACGGCGGCCGUGAAAUCCUCCCGCCGGAGCCGUCGUGCCAGGGGGAAUGCGACUGCUGUUUCCCGCCGGUCAGCUCGAUCCCGUGGUCUCACAGUCACCGCGGUGGAGAAGAAGAAGAAAGCGGUGACUGUGGGGCCCAGCCGGAGGGAAUUUCUCCGGCGAACCCAGGGAACUCAUAACGGAGAGUGAAGAACGAAAGGAGGCUAGGAUCUUUGGGUGGUUGGUGUGUAUAGGGUUGGUGAUGGUAGAUAGAUAUGUGCAUGCAUCAUCAUCAUCAUCAUGUUAAGAACUAUGUCUCUUCUCUUCCAUCCAUGCAUGGUAAGUUUUAGAAAUUUUCAUUAAAAAAAAAAAGUAUUAGAAAUUGACCAUGUACAUAACCAUUUUUAGCAAUUUUUUUUUAAAUUUUAGUAUUUGAAGUGUUUGAUGUCUGUUGUGCCAUUAUGGAUUGAAAUCACACGUAAUAGAAUCUUUGACAUUGUGGACUUCAAA